AGCGGUGCGGUGCGCGCCUGCGCCAGCCCUUGCCUCGGAGCAGCCAUGAUGGAAGGCCUGGACGACGGCCCCGACUUCCUCUCAGAGGAGGACCGCGGACUUAAAGCAAUAAAUGUAGAUCUUCAAAGUGAUGCUGCUCUGCAGGUGGACAUUUCUGAUGCUCUUAGUGAGAGAGAUAAAGUAAAAUUCACUGUUCACACAAAGAGUUCAUUGCCAAAUUUUAAACAAAACGAGUUUUCAGUUGUUCGACAACAUGAGGAAUUUAUCUGGCUUCACGAUUCCUUCAUUGAAAAUGAAGACUAUGCAGGUUACAUUAUCCCUCCAGCACCACCAAGACCUGAUUUUGAUGCCUCAAGGGAAAAACUACAGAAACUUGGAGAAGGAGAAGGGUCUAUGACAAAGGAAGAAUUCACAAAGAUGAAACAGGAGCUGGAAGCUGAGUAUUUGGCAAUAUUCAAGAAGACCGUUGCGAUGCAUGAAGUGUUCCUGUGUCGUGUGGCAGCACAUCCUAUUUUGAGAAAAGAUUUAAAUUUCCAUGUCUUCCUGGAAUAUAAUCAAGAUUUGAGUGUGCGAGGAAAAAAUAAAAAAGAGAAACUUGAAGAUUUCUUUAAAAACAUGGUUAAAUCAGCAGAUGGAGUAAUUGUUUCUGGAGUAAAGGAUGUAGAUGAUUUCUUUGAGCAUGAACGAACAUUUCUUUUAGAAUAUCAUAACCGAGUUAAGGAUGCAUCUGCUAAAUCUGAUAGAAUGACAAGAUCCCACAAAAGUGCUGCAGACGAUUACAAUAGAAUUGGUUCUUCAUUAUAUGCUUUAGGAACUCAGGAUUCUACGGAUAUAUGCAAGUUUUUUCUUAAAGUUUCAGAACUUUUUGAUAAAACAAGAAAAAUAGAAGCACGAGUGUCAGCUGAUGAAGACCUCAAACUUUCUGACCUUUUAAAAUAUUACUUAAGAGAACCUCAAGCUGCUAAGGAUCUCCUGUAUCGAAGAUCUAGGUCACUAGUGGAUUAUGAAAAUGCUAAUAAAGCACUGGAUAAAGCAAGAGCAAAAAAUAAAGAUGUUCUGCAGGCUGAAACGUCCCAACAGUUAUGUUGUCAGAAAUUUGAAAAAAUAUCUGAAUCUGCAAAACAAGAGCUUAUAGAUUUUAAGACAAGAAGAGUUGCUGCAUUCAGAAAAAAUUUAGUGGAACUGGCAGAGUUAGAACUGAAGCAUGCAAAGGGUAACUUACAGUUGCUGCAGAACUGCCUGGCAGUGUUAAAUGGAGACACAUAAGCCACACUCUGCCUUCCAGUUAAAAAGGGCUGCCUUCCGUCAGAUUUUAUUUCUUUUCUUAAUGAUGCUAGACAUUUACUGCUCACUGGAAACAAAAGAAACAGCUGACAAAGUGCAUCUACUCUCCCUUUUUCUGAGAAACAGUGGCGCGGUGCCGCCCUCGGGUGCUGUGGGCUGCAUGAUGGGACCUGCGCGCCUGCGCCGCGGACAGUUGAUGAUCAUCGCGCCCUCCUCCUCUUCAGAAGCCCAAAGUACUGCCUUUUUUUAAGUAGCC